CCUCAAACUUCAAAUUCUCUGUUUCUCCACAAACAAAAAACACUCUCUCAAGCUUCUCAUUCUUUGACUUUAAGAUCUUCCACUCUUUUUCUCUACAUUGUGUGAUUGAUUGAAGCAAGCAAGAAGAAAAUGCCCAAGAAGAAUGGUGCCGUGGCUCGCAGAGCAUGGAACAUCCUGCGUUUUGCAUUGUUGUGGGCGAGAAAGGGGGGCGUUUUCAAACGCCGCCUCAUCACGGAGCUCCGCCUCCUGCCCAAGUAUGUUCGAGGCCUCGGCGGCGGCGCUGGCUCCCGCCACGACCAAAUCUAUUACGGCGAGCGCGAGCUCUCCUUCGACAAGACUCCCAUUUUCAACGUCAAAAUUCACCGCCCGGCGUCCAUGCGCUUCCACCUUCCUUGCAUAACCCCACAAGUUGAUUUCGACUAUGUUUCCGACGGUGAUCAUGAUUAUGACAGUGAAGCUUGUGGGUACGACGACAGCGGGAGGAUGAGUUUCCUUAAGGGUGAAGAAGAAAAAGAAGAAGAAGAAGAAGAAGAAGAAGAAAUGGCUGCGUGUGAGGAAGAUCAAGGGAUUGAUUUGAGAGCAGAAGAAUUCAUAGCUAAAUUCUAUGAGCAAAUGAAGCUGCAGAGACAGAUUUCAUUUUUGCAGUACAAUGAGAUGCAGAAUAGAGGCACAAGUUGAUCAUCAUCUCAUCAUCAUCAUCACUCAUUUGUUUUGAACACAAAUUUAUAUAUACUUUCUUUUCUUGGCACCGGAUUUUGCAGUUUUGGGUGUUUGCAGAUUUAUAAAUAAUAUAAACAGUAGAGUUUGAUUCUUUCAUAUAU